CUUGAUUUUUUGGAGGCUAUGGGAUCAUCGCGACCGCGCCGAAGUAGAGGCUUCAGAGUUACCUCAGCUAACCCGGCACCGGUGGCUGGAGUUAACUACUACUGGGCGGCCAUGUUGAACGUCAUCAACGAGGACCCGUGCUGGGCCUUACGCGACCAACCGGCCGACGAUCAUGCUGCUAACCAAAACUGUGGGCGAGCAGCAACCUGGUACGCCAGGCGCGAUGAGAACGAACGCGUCAACUGCAAGUUUCCUACCGAUCCGAAAUGCCGCUUAUAUGGACGGUUCUUCCGCUGUACUGUCAAGAUCCAGAGAUCCCCCCUUAAUCCUUGGUGUCUUCUCGGCCACUCCCAGAGGGUCGUUCUCCUGACAUAUUGCACCGCACCCUUGCAUGCUGCGAAUGUGCCGAACGCGCCGCAUGCGAUGCCGCAAGGGUUCGCUGCCGCAGCUGGCGGGCAAUUUCACGUCGGCUAAGAAAAACAGA